UUGCAGAGGUCGUGCUGCACGAAGCUGCAAUGCAUCAGGGAGGAGACCUUCUCGAUGCCCUGCUCACACAGAAAAUGAUGGAUUAUCCGUAUGCCGCGCGCAAAGCGCAACUCGUGUCAAUAUCCCCUCGAAUCCCAAGACAUUCCACAGCCAGUGAUUAUUCCGGUCUCGUCCAGUCCUUCAUUACGCAGCUCGGUGCUGUGUACGAACGCGGUUGCGAUGCGACCAAGCUGCAGCUCCGAAGCGUGGUGCAGAGUGGGGAGCUCCCCACACCGGGCCAGCCUGCAGAAGUGCCACGUCAGCAUGGACGGGAAAGGGUGCGCGGCGGCGACAUCGAGCUGCCACGCUACACGUCUGCUAUCAAAGAAUAUGGCGACCGGACGGGUAUCGAUGUUCAAUGGACUGACGAAUGUGUUUCCGUGUCUCCCCAGUUGUGGCGCGUAUGGGCUCAUGUUGGAGGGACCAGAUUUUUUGGCACUGGGGACAACAAGAAGUUGGCCAGGCAUCUCGCGUCUCAACAGGCCUGUCAGAGAUUUGCAGUUGAAGCGUAAGAUACACCAUAGCUAUCCACCUUGCGAAGUGCUGCAAUGUCAUCUCCGAUACAGUUGCACAAUCUUACC